CUGUAGAGGCGGGCUCCUCAGUGUAAAACAAAGACCUACAUAAGAGGUUCCCUCUGUCAGACUGAAGCACCAGUGUAGAAGAACCGGUGUGCUGAGAGGGUGUUUUCAUUGCAGCACUGUAGCUUUCAGCAGCCAUUCUACCUUGAAGAAGGACUGAGAAGUGAAUACCGUCCAGAUUUGCUAAGAGGAAAGAGAUCUGCAUCAUGAGUACUCCUGUUCCUGGCUUGCUGUCCCUUGUACUGCUUCUUCUGACCCUAAGACUUCAGGAGCUGGUGGAGGCAUGCAGCUGUGCUCCAGCACACCCUCAGCAGGCUUUCUGUAAUUCCGAAAUAGUAAUUCGGGCCAAAAUUACUGGUGAAAAGAUGGUUUCCUCCAGCAACAGCUCCUUAUCCCACUUCAAGAUGAUCCAGUAUGAAAUCAAACUAGUAAAGAUGUUCAAAGGCUUUGAAAAGUUCAAGGAUAUCCAAUACGUGUACACCCCUCCUUAUUCGUCGCUGUGUGGUGUAAAGCUUGAAGUUAAUAACAAGGCCCAAUAUCUGCUGUCAGGCAGGGUGUGGGAGGAUGGGAGAGUUUUGAUUGGCCUGUGUGAUUUCAUUGCGCCCUGGGACAAUCUUUCAAUGUCACAAAAGAAGAGCCUCAAUCACAGAUAUGAAAUGGGCUGCGACUGCAAAAUUUCCAGAUGCUACACUUUGCCUUGCUCUAUCACCGCAGAAAAUGAGUGCCUUUGGACAGACUGGCUGACAGAUAAGAGCCUGAACGGGCACCAGGCCAAGCACUUUGCCUGCAUCAAGCGCACCGAUGGCUCCUGCAGCUGGUAUCGAGGAGACUCUCCCCCGGAGAAAGAGUUCAUGGACAUUUCAGACCCUUAAACCCAAUCAGCUCUCAAGAGAAGAGACACGAAGGUGAUGCUUGUAGUCAGAUCUGCUGCAAAACCGGUCCAACUCUUGUGGUUCAAUGCAUUCCUGUAAUUCUGUCUAAAGCACAACUGUCUGCCUAUCCACCAUUGUGAAUGUACAAAAAUUAAGACCUGAAGCCCCAACCCCCCCCCCCCCCAGUCAGCUUGAUUGUUUGUUAGCUACAGAAAUAAAAUAAAUAAGUAAUUCUUAUGUAUUAGCCCUUUUUGACUCCACCAUUACUUCUGCUGCAGCACUGGUGUUGCAAAAAGCAAUGCAUUUCUUAAUUUCUGAUAUACCUUGCUACAGUCUAGUAAUGUGUGUAAAGGCAAGCCACAGUUAAAAUUAUUCAGCAAUCUAUGAAAUACAUUUUGUAAGAAUCUUUUUUUUUAUGAAUGAAUCCCAAUUUCUGUAUACUGUAUGAUGAGAAUGUAUAUAUUUGUAUUCUUAUUAUUAACAAUGUAAAGAUUAACUGCACAAACAGUAUAAACAAAUAGACACAGCAUCUUUGUAGUGUUUAUAUUUUAGAUAUUUGUCACUGCUUUUUCAUAUUCAGUCAUUAAAGAUGGGACUUCUUAUAUAAUGUCACACUUCCUGAUAUUAUGCUUUGUAAAACAUUACUCUCUUGCCAAAAAAGCUAAAACAAGCCUUUAAUAGAUGCAUCUGUACAUGUAAUAAACAUGGCUGUCAAGUUUCUGUAGAAAACUGAUUUAUACAAAACUAUGUUUCUGUGUGUAUUUAUGUUUUGCUGUAGUAGAUUUUUAAUUUUUUUUCUAUCCUGUCAUGCCAAAAAAUUGUUUAUAAAAGUAAUUCAAUAAGUA